AUGGCGGAUGGACGCCAUGUUGUCAGUGGCGCGCCUACGAACGCGGCCUUUGUGGUCUACACUGACGAGCAAGGACAGUUACUGGACACCCUCCCGGUGUGCCAAGAUUUUAAUCGAGGUCUUUGCACGAGGCCCACUUGCAAGUUUGUACAUCUUCAGGAAGGAGAGGGCGUUGAAGUGAUCGACAACCGUGUCGCAGUAUGUCGCGACGCGGCCAAGGGGCAGUGUUGCCGGACCGUCUGUAAAUACUACCACAUCCCCGUGGCCCUGCCCCCCGCCCCCGUAAUGGCCGCCCUCGCGUCCUACCUUCAGUGAUCAACAACGACGAACAAACACCGAAAACAAACUAAAAAUAAAAAAACUCACCCUAAUAUAUUUAAAGAAAAAAAAAAAUAAAAUAAAAUAAAAAUUAUAAAUUAUGUAUAGCUUUACGGCUCGGGGUAUAGGCUGUCAAAACUGUCAUAAAAAAACGAGUACCGUGGUGGCCGUCUGUCUCCCCCCCUCCCACCCAAACCAAUCGUAAUAAUAUGUUUAUAUAAUAAUUAUAAUAGACAUUUAUAUUCUGUCAUAUGAUGACGUAAAUGAAGAAGAAGAAGAAGUAACUA